GGAGGCUCCAUGGCUGUCUUCACCUUGUCUGGGUUGUAUAUCCUAGGAAGUAAUGUCGCUGCGCCACUGUGGUCCAACCCCCUAUACGCGAUAAGCCCAGUUCUCUUCGCGGUAUGCCCCAAAUACGCCACCAUCUUCCCUCUCUGGUAUGCCUACGCUCUCCUCCGCGGUAACUUCCACGAGGACAUGCGCCACCUCCACGCCCAUUACGGCCCCGUCGUGCGCUAUGCCCCCAACGAACUCUCCUACACUGACCCGCGUGCCUGGACAUCCAUCUACAGCGGACGUCCCACGGGCACUGAAUUCCCUGAACUAGGAAAAGACCCCACAUUCUAUGCGGGCUUUGCUUCGGGCAACAAGAGCAUCACUACCGCAGGCUUCCACGAUCACAACCGCUUCCGAAAGAAGCUGGCCCCCGCGUUUGCAGAGAAAUCAAUCCGCGAGCAAGAGCCUAUCAUCAAGGGGUAUGUGGACUUGUUCGUGCAGCAGUUGGAGCAGCGCGCGGGCGAAGUGGUGGACAUGAGCGCUUGGUUUAAUGUGAGGAGACAGUUCUGCACCUUCGACAUCAUCGGCGACCUGGGGUUCGGUGAGCCCUUCGGUUCUCUCAAAACGAGCAUGCUCAUACAGAUCAGCGCGCGAUUUCCAGGUUUGCAGUCCCUCCUGCUGUGGUAUCUGCUGCCGGCGGAGCUGGCGCGCAAGCGGCUGGCGCAUAUCGCUAAGACGACCGAGAAGGUGGUGCGCCGAUUGGGUAAGGAGACAGAUCGCAAGGACUUCAUGCAGUAUUUGUCAACGGGAGCGCCGGAGCUGUCAUUUGCCGAGUUAGCGAACAACUCGUCCACGCUGAUUGUGGCGGGGAGUGAGACGAGUGCGACCUCGUUGGCGGCGGUGACGUUCUACUUGCUGAAGAAUCCGGAGAAGAUGCGCAAGCUCAGGCAAGAAAUUGAGACAGCCUUCGGCGUGGAGGAGGAGAUCACAAUCCAGUCCGUGGCAGGCUUGAAGUAUUUGACUGCGUGUUUGGAGGAGGGUUGGAGAUUGUAUCCGCCAAUUCCCUCGGGGUUGCCACGACAGGUGCCUGGGGAGGGUUUUCAAAUUGCUGGGCGAUGGGUUCCAGGCGGGGCCGCUGUAUCCGUUCAUAGCUGGGCAACGUCGAGGUCCCCCAAGAACUUUCGUAACCCGGACAAAUUUAUUCCGGAGAGAUGGCUGGGCGAACCAUCGUACAAGGAUGAUAACUUGCAGUCAGUCCAGGUGUUCCAUGUUGGACCUCGGAAUUGCAUUGGAAAGAGUCUGGCCUAUGCAGAAAUGCGUCUGAUUCUUGCUCGUCUACUUUUUCGGUUUGAUCUGCAGCUCAUGCCACAUAGCUCCAACUGGGCGGAGCAGAUGUCGUACAUGGUCUGGGAACGAGGGCCAUUGGAUGUCCGUGUGACAGAGAGGAAUGCUUCGGAUAUAUUGUAG